GCGGAAGUGGGAGGGGCUUCCGGUGAGAGGCGUUAAAUUCUGCUCCUAGCGACAGCUGCGAGACUGGACUGUACGCGGGGGAGCGGGUCUACACCGUACCAGUCACGAUUAUGAAUUUCAGGCUUGCCUAGCAUGCUGAGAUAUGGCUGAAAUUGUUGCAGUCAACGCCGGUUUGCCCUCAUCGUCUACUCUGAACGCCAGCUUCCCGGUUCAGGAAGGAGCUGUCACAAUCUCUGCUGCCCCCCCUGCUCCUCUGAGUACGGAGGACUACCUGUUUGUGGAGACCAGACACCCCAACACUGUCCUGCAGGGCCUCAACAGUCUGCGGCUCAACAACGCCUUCUGUGAUGUGACACUGUGCUGUGGAGGGCAGGAGUUCCCAUGCCACCGCAUUGUACUGGCUUCCUUUAGCUCUUACUUUCAGGCAAUGUUUUCCACUGACCUGAUCGAGUCUAAACAGGAGCGUGUUGCCAUUAAUGGAGUUGAACCCCAGAUGAUUGGCAUGCUGGUGAGCUAUGCCUACACAUCUGAGGUCUACAUUUCUAAAGCAAACGUGCAGGCACUGCUGGCAGCUGCCAACCUGCUGGAUGUUAUGGCCGUUCGAGAGGCCUGCUGUCGCUUUAUGGAGCGUCAGAUGGAUGAGAUGAACUGUGUGGGGAUUCACUGCUUUGCUGAAGCACAUUCUUGCAAGGUGCUGGAGAAACGCAGCAUGGACUACAUACUUGAGCACUUCAGCAGUGUGUAUCAGCAGGAGGAGUUUCUGUCUCUGUGUGUUGACAAACUGACGGAGAUCCUUGGCAGUGACCAUCUCAACGUGCCCAAAGAGGAGAUGGUUUUUGAGGCCGCUGUAUUGUGGUUGAAUAAAUGUCCCUCUCGCAAACAGAGCUUUGAAAAGGUCUUAGAGCACAUACGUCUGCCUCUUAUCAGCCCCUACUACCUCCAUGAUGUGAUCGAAUCUCUGGACGUGGUGAUGGAGAACCAGAGCUGCCAGAAGCUCAUAUCCGAGGCCAAGGACUACCUGCUGCUAAAAGACCGCCGUGGAGAACUCUACUGCCCCCGAGCAAGGCCACGGAGGUCCACAGGGACAGCUGAAGUGAUUGUGACAGUUGGCGGGGAGGAUGACAAGGUGGUGUUGCGCAGUGUUGAGAGCUUCGAUCCUGUAACCAAUCAGUGGAAGAAUCUGGCCUGCCUGCCCUUCGCUGUGAGUAAACACGGACUGGUCGUGUCAGACUCCACGCUGUAUCUGGCAGGAGGGGAGUUUCCUGACGGUUCAGCCAGCAGGGAGAUGUGGCGCUAUGACCCCUGCUUUGACUCCUGGAUGGAAAUGGCUCCUAUGAAUGUAGCACGCUCUGAGCUAGGCCUGGUGAUGCUGGAUGGCUUUGUGUAUGCAGUGGGAGGAUGGGAGGGGCGGUCUCGUCUGGACUCGGUGGAGUGUUACAACCCUCACUCCAACUCCUGGCAGUUCACGGAGUCUGUGAAGAUGGCCGUCACAAGUCCUGCUGUGGUGGCCUUGGAUGGACUGCUUUAUGUUACGGGUGGUGCUGUUUUAGAGGAUGGCGAUGGUACAGAUCUCGCCCAGGUGUACAACCCUAAAACCUGUGUAUGGACAGAAGUUGCCCCGAUGCAGAUUGCUCGCUCUGGUUCAGCAGCUUGUACACUCAAAGGAAAGAUCUAUGUUAUAGGUGGGUGGCACGCCUCAACAGAGAACACAGAUAAGGUGGAGUGUUAUAAUCCCAAGACCAACCAAUGGACUAUGUGCGCACCCAUGAAGGAACGACGAUACCGGCCCGGUGCUGCUGUAGUGGAUGGAAAGAUCUAUGUGCUGGGAGGAGAAGAGGGCUGGGACAGAUAUCAUGACACUAUUGAGCGGUACUGUGAUGAGACGGACACAUGGGAGAUCGUCGGGGAGAUGCCCACCAGUCGCAGCUGGCUCAGUUGUGUGUCUCUUCAGCUGAGAAAGGACAUCCACAUGAGCAGCUGUCCCAGUAUGCCAAAUGACAACUGAGGGACAUUUUUAAGGGAGAAAUCUUGGGUAGUUAUUUGCACCCUCCUUGUUGUUGGUGCACUACAAAGCUCAGUGUUCUGCAAGAACGGUUUCACUGAGCAGAGAUGGGCGCUUCGGAUAUCUUUUUAGUGGCAAAAAAGUAGUCUGCUUUUAACCAGAAGCAGCUUUUAGAAUGAGCCUUGCUUAUGUGGGUCGUUCCUUUCCUUUGAUGCUAAAGGAGACAUGGUAAACCCACAUGAGAAUCAGCAUUUGACUCAGUCUGCAGUCUAAAUCCACUUUCUGGAUGAUGUGAACAUGUUUAGAGUAUUUUAUGAAUGGAGCACCUGAAAUCUGUGAAGAUUUUCCAAGCCAACAUAGUGUAUUUUUGUAUAAACUGUUACUGUACGUGAUGUAUUUAUCUGGGGUUCGAUUAGCUGUGAGAAUUGUACAUCUUGCUCCGUUAAAAGAUGCUCUAUGGGCCAAAGAGUUCAAUUGUGAGUAUUUUUGAAGGUUUCCUGUGAAAAACUGACUACAUGUGAGCAGUGUUUUUUUAAAAAAAAACAAAAAAAAAAAACAGUCAAGCAAAAAAAAGAUUUGUAGUUAAUGAAAGAUUUCUUUUGACCUGUUAUAUUGUACGUGGAGUAUAUUUUUGUAUGUAAUGUGUGUCAGUUGGUGAAAUUAAAUGGAGUUGGGUGCAAAUGAAGAUGUUUAAUUUUAGA